UAACGCUCUUCUCCACACCAGCAGCAGCAGAAACUGUCUCGUCUGCUCUUGCUCUCUCAGGCAGUGCCAUGGCUUCGGUUGAACCAACUUCAUCCUCUUCCUGCUCCUCCUUUGGUCGAUGUCCUCCACCUCAGAAGAGCAAUUCCAGCGUUGGGUCAAUUGGGUCUGGGUCACUUUGGGUUGGAGGUGGUGGAGCUAGGUCCAGCUAUGGAUACCCUUUGGGGUUGGGGUUGGGCGGUGGUGUCCAGAGCAAAAUUGGGCUUGGAUUAGGUUCAGGCAUAGGUGUAGGCAUUGGUGGUGGCAGGCUUGGAGCAAGCUUGGCAGUUGGUGGUGGAAGGCUUGGCUUAGGCUUGGCCUCUGGAAGUGGUGCUAUAGGUGGUGGCAGGCUUGGGUUAGGAUGGGCUGCUGGAGGUGGUGCCAGAGGUGGUGCUGGUUUCUGGACUGGAGAGAUUGCAGAUGGCAGUCAUCACCCAUUCGCUGCCAAUGAGAAGCUGGAGCUGCAGUCCCUGAAUGACAGGCUGGCCAUCUACCUGGACAAGGUGAAGAAACUUGAGACUGCCAACCGUGAACUGGAGGAGAAGCUCCGGGGCUUCAAAGCCAACAAGGUGCAGGUCACGUAUGACUUGCAGGCCUACCAGAUUGAACUACAGCCUCUGCGAGAGCAGCUUGCAGAUGUUCUGAAGGACUGCUCACGCCUUGCUCUGUUGAUCGAUAAUGCCAAACUGGCGGCCGAUGAUUACAGAAUCAAGUAUGAGAAUGAGCUUGCCGCAAGGCAGAUGGUGGAGAGCGAUGUCGCUGCCCUGAAGACUGUGAGGAGGGAAUAUGACCUGGCCACUGCUGCUCUGACACAGGAAUAUCAAAUACUGCUGAAAGAUCGUGACACCAUCCAAAGCACCCAUGAGCUGGAGGUGUUGUCUCUGCGUGGGCAGGUGGCAGGAACGCUGACCGUAGACAUUCAGGCGGAGACCAGCGUGGAUCUCUCUCACAGACUGGCUGACCUCCGUGCUGAAUAUGAAAACAUCGUAGCGAAAAACCACAGAGAAAUUGAGAACUGGUAUGCUGUAAAGUUGUCAACAAAGGAGCAGCAGAUUUCAAAUGUUACUGAGGUCACCGUGACUGGAAGUGCUGAGAUCGCUGCAAGCCGAACUCAGAUCCUGACCCUGCAGACAGAGCUGGAUGCAGCACUGCUCCAGAAAAACCAACUGGAGCAGCGCCUGGUGGAGAUUCAGGGGCAGAAGCAGAAGCAGCUCCUCACUUUCAGUCGGCUGGCUGGUAGUCUGGAGGGUGAGUUGGCCUCAGUGCGGGAGAGUGCUCUUCAGCAGGCCCGGGAAUACCAGGUGCUACUCAGCACUAAAGUGCAGCUGGAGAAAGAGAUCGCUACCUACAAAUCAUUGCUGGAGUUUGCUGGAGACCUCAGCAAGUUCCCUAGCAUCAGCAUCCCAUCAUCAUGGGCACGGAGCUCACCGGCACCCUCAGUAGACCUGAAAUCAGUCACCCCUAAGGCAUCUCCAGCUCCAAGCGUCUCAGCAGAAGGUGUGGCUGCUGCAAGUGUGGAUGCAUCAUCAGGAAGCGGCAGCGUAAAAGGCGCAGCUGCUGCAGGUGCAGGUGCCGUUGUAAUAGACUGAGGGGAACGAUCAAGAUUACAAAGUGAACCUCUUCAUGGUCCUGAAGAACAUCUCAACCAAUCACUUUAUUCAAAGCUGAGCCCAGUUAGAUCUGCAUAACUGUGACUGCAAUAAACCGAAAUUCAAAUGUC